GUCGAUCUAUGCAUGAGUUGACUGCCCAGGAGCGGGAAUCGAUUGUCUCGAGGGGAAGUUCGAGCCAGACCACAACAAGAAUGCCACAGGUCAACGCAAAAGAAAAGAAAGUGUUUGUAGCCAAGAAGCUGCAGGUCGUGGAAGAUAGCAGGCGUCGUUGCAAGGCAAGGUGGAAUAGAGUCCAGAGUCUCUUCAGGAAGGCUCACCAAUUAGCCGAGCUUACAAGGUGCCAGGCCUUCUUGUAUGUGAAAGACGAGUUCUCAAAGACUAUAUACUGGGGUACAAGUUAUGCGUUGCAGUUGUUUCAGUCGAAGAUGGACCUGCUUGUCGUUGAAGGAGGUAAACGUGUUCGGAGUGUAAACUUUGUUGCUCCAUCAAGUCCUGAACAGUCCCGGGGCGCAGUUCCCUGUGAAGCUUUGGACAUUGAUAGGCAUCUUGAAGGGUGCCUUGGGUCGGGCACUCCAAGGGAAGAAUUAAUGCCAUCCUCAACAUGUGAAUCAUCGCAAGGAUCUACAAACCGAUCAACACCAGAGUUAACUCCGUGCAGGGCUGGACAAAAGUCAACUCCACAAAAGGGUACUCCAAGCAAAACCAAGAUACCACAAAUCACCAUCAAAGAGAAAAAAGUGUUUGUAGACAAGAAGCUCCAGUUCAGGGAAAAGAGCAGCCUACGUUUUAAGUCCCGAUGUAGAAGAAUAAAAAGUAUCUUCAAGAAGGCCCAUGCGCUUGUGGAACUUACGAAAUGCCAGGUCUUCGUAUAUGUGAAGGACGAGUUUUCAAAGACUACAUAUUGGGGUACGAGUGAUGCAUUGCAGUUGUUUCAGCCAAUGAUACAUGUAGACUCACUAAUCAAGGCAGAAGACAAACCGAUAUGGACCAUUAAGUUUGUCGCUCCAUUGGAACCUGAUGAUGAGUCGCAUGGAUCAGACGACACAUCAAACGACGAAUUGCUGAUCUCAAGCUCAGCAAAUGAAUCAUUGGCAGGAUCCACAUCUCAAACAGCAUUAGCUACAGGUCAGUCUUCACCGGAAUCUACUCCCUGCAGGUCUCCAACCAAUCCUUUUCCGUAAAAGUUGGAAGCACCUGCUGAAAGCAGAACUGUGAGUGAGGAUCAGGCAAGAAUAUUACCAGGGAACACCAAAGAGAAAACUGUGAUUGUCGACAAGAGGCUGCAGUUCUUGGGAAGUCAGAGGCUGCGCUGCAAGGCCAAGUCUAAUCGAGUCAAGGGUAUAUUGAAGAAGGGACACCAGCUUGCAGAGAUAACAAAUUGCCAUGUCUUUAUACAUGUGAAGGAUGAGUUUUCAAAGACAACGUACUGGGGUACAAAGGAUGCCUUGCAGUUGUUUCAGCCAACGAUAGAUUCUGCGAUCAAGAAAGGAGGUAAACGUGUUCGGAGCGUCAAGUUUGUCGCUCCAUCAAAAGCUUCAGAAUCUUUUCAGGGGACAUCACCUACCAAUGGUGAAGCUCCAGAUUAGCCUCCAGGUCUUGAUUAGGUACUUCUACAGUGUCUCUGAUCCGUUCCGUCAAACGCAGGACCCUGUGUUGACGUCCAGACAUAGAUCAUCUCCAGGAUCUACUUCAUGAUUUUCUUCAACAAGGAACAAGUCAACGAUGAAGUCCGCUGUUGUUCCAGAUGCGACUCCAGAUCUUGAUUAGGUACUUCUACAGUGUCUCUGAUCCGUUCCGUCAAACGCAGGACCCUGUGUUGACGUCCAGACAUAGAUCGUCUCCAGGAUCUACUUCAUGAUUGACUUCAGCAAGGAACAAGUCAACGCUGAAGUCCGCUGUUGUUCCAGAUGAGACUCCGGACUGUGAUAAGGUACCUUGAGGGUAUUUUGAUUUGUCAUACCAAGAUCCAUCAUACCAAGACUUCAUGUAGUCUUCCACACAUGGACCAUCUACUCCAUUAAUAGAGUGCUUUCGCAAACACAGUGGAAGCAUAGACGACGAGAGAAUUACGGGAUACAGCUCUUCCGUCGUGUUUAGGGAACGAACGAUAUAAUGGUCCUGUACGGUCGUGAAAAUCAAGAGGACGGAGAAAAUUCUGGUUCGCGCAAUGUUUUUUCGCUCAAGUUACUGUCAUCUUUGCCUUCCGUUGUGUUUGCAAAAGCGCGCUAAUAACUGAAAUAGAGCACACAAGCUGAUGGGUACCGGUGCUUUAGAAGACACUCGUUAUUUGGAUGGACUUCAGUUGAUUGACUUCUACAUUGAGCAAGUCAACACCGAAGUCAACACCGAAGUCUGCUCGAGUGACACCACACAUUCCUGCACUCGGGUCCACAUCAAAACUCCAAUUACCUAGAGUUAACACCCUUCUGGCUCUCAACAGACAAUGUGACUAGUUUGUUGGAACUUUUUUUCUUCAGGAGAAUGCAUCCUACAUGUAUAUUUGAGUACAGAAUCAAAUAAAUUUCAACUCACUUUGCCAAUAUUUUUUUCACAUUUUGCCAUGAGACUUGUCAGCGGUACCAAAUUCAUUGCCUAUUUUAUAUUUUCUCUUGUUUUGUUUUUCCAUUUAUAAUUGUAGAUUAUAAUAAUAAUAAUAAUAAUAAGG